GAAAUUUUAUUUGGCAUCGUACGUCUCUAGCGUAUCAGUGUUUUAGUAUUAUGAUUAGUAAAGUACAUCGUUGAGUUUGUUUUUGUUCUACGACUAUCAAGCACGUUAAAAGACACAAACGGGCGCUGUUAUGCAUAAUUUCGUUUGCGGCUAUAGCCUCUAACUGGCUUUACUUCAGCUCCUUUGAGCCAACCGUCAAAGUUACCAUAGAUACUGAGCAGCUUUAGCAGGACAAAUGUAACCCGUAACGGUCUGUUUCAAGGAGGAUUAAUAUAAUUAACUUAAGCACAAACGAAGCGGUUAAAGAAUGGAAUUUUAAAGAAAGAGGGAGUUAUGUUAACAUUAGCUCUUCCACGGGAAGCUAGCUAACAUUAUCAGUGGUAUCAAACCAACAUAAACGUUUGAGGAACUCCACUUUAUUGUUCUCAGGUUUUUGUUAGAAAUUACAGAGGGCUCGAAGAAAAAUGGCUGACGAUGUCGGCAGCAUCCCUGAAAUGGAUCAGAAGAAAUACGAUGCAGAUGCACAAGUGAAGAUAAUUUGUUUGGGAGACAGUGCAGUUGGUAAAUCUAAGCUGAUGGAGAGGUUUCUAUUGGAUGAAUAUCGUCCUCAACAGUUGUCAACCUAUGCGCUGACUCUCUACAAACACACCGCAACUGUAGGAAACAAGACAAUAGCUGUAGAUUUCUGGGACACUGCUGGUCAGGAGAGAUUUCAGAGCAUGCAUCCUUCAUACUACCACAAAGCACAUGCAUGUAUAAUGGUUUUUGAUGUACAAAGGAAGAUCACCUAUAAGAAUUUAACAAACUGGUAUAAGGAGCUUAGAGAGUACCGACCAGAGAUACCCUGUUGUGUAGUCGCCAACAAAAUUGAUGCUGAUUUGAAAGUGACACAGAGAAGCUUCAAUUUUGGGAAGAAACAAGGACUCCCGUUUUACUUUGUCUCUGCAGCCGAUGGGACCAACGUGGUGAAGAUGUUCAGAGAAAUGAUCAAAAGAGCCGUGGACUACAAGCAAAACCCCAGUGACUUCAUGGAUGAAGUGCUGCAGGAAUUAGAGAACUUUGAACUGGAGAAGAAAGAAGAUAACUCAGAGGCAGAUGAGGAUGGAUUACAAGCAGAAAGUCCAGAGUUAGUUUAACAGCUUUUUUCUCCCUGGUGAACCAAAUCCUCAAAUUAUGUAAUGGUUCAUCUAUCUUGCUUUAAGUUUGCAUCAGAAUGUUCUGUUUUUUUGUCACUGUUACCACCAUAAGUACAUGUAGUAUACAUGUAGUAUACAUGUACUUAUGACGUUUCUGCUUUUUUAAAUUAUGGGAUGAUAACUCUAGCUGUUUUGGCAUGAUUCUGGUCACUGCCUUCUUUUUGUGUAGUAAGAAAAGCUGGAAAAUUGAGCUUGUUUAAAUGGGGUUUGUAUCGUGUAUCAGGUUCCCUCCUUUUAAGCCUCAUCAUUCAUACUUUGAACUAAGUAUCUGUUAUGGAAUAUUUACUGAAGUGUGGAGAAAAAGUUACUUUCAUGAACCAACAAUGUGAAGCAAUGACAACUGGCACCGUGAAGAGAAUGUGCAAUUCUGAACUGUAUUUGCUGCUGUUCUCAGUGUUUUGUGUGUGAUGUUGUGUGCAGUGCCAGCAGGCGGCUGUGUCCGUUGGCUGCUUUUGGUGUAUUCAUUUCAUGAUGUGCAUUCAGUUUUUUUAGCACCCUGUAAAUGUAAGCUUAAUGUACCAUAUAACCGAACUGUCAGCCCGACUCUUCUCAUCUUGCUCUGAUCCUGCAUAGUAAACUGAACAUCAGCAUUUCAUAAGGAAGAGCUGCCGGUCUUGUUUAAGGAGAAACGCAGUGACCCAUAGUGGUUUGGUCACCACUUGGGUGGAAGUUAUUUAAACUGAGCUGCUUAGAAUCAAUUUUUUUUGAACGGCACUAGGUUUCGGACCACAUGUUUCCUUAAAAUUCAUCCAUCAAUUCUUUAUUAUAACAGCUUAUUCCCUAAUGGGGUCGCUGGGGGACAGGAGCCUAUCCCAGUGGUCAGUGGGUGAGAGGCUGGGUGCAGCCUGGACGGUCCACCAGUCCAUUGCAUGGCCACACAGAGACACACAAGGACGAACAACCACGCACACUCACUCUUAAGGGCAAUUUGGAAUGUCCAAUCAACCUAACAUGCAGGUUUCUGGAUGGU